UUACGCAUAUCUUAUUGCCUAAUUAUUUUAACUCGAUCGAAAGUAGUUUAAAAAAAACGAUUACAGAAAGAGGCUAAUUUUCUUAGACAUCUUAAACAAGCUCUGCUUAUCUCGAUACAAUCCUACGGAAAUUUCAAACGAAAUAUCGAUACAUUAUUUCAAACUUAACAACAAACUACGAUUAAAAAAAAAAAUAAUCAAAAUUCUCCCAUCAAAUUUAACUUCGAGCAAUAAUAAUACCAACGAUUUCUUCCCCGAUCAAACAAAACGAUUCAACGAUUCGUGAGGCGAUCCUCAUAAGGUUUCUUAUCCAAUUCACAGCCGGUUCCAACGAGAUCGUUCGCCUUUUCAACAAACUGCAGUGCGUGUGCAGAAUCAAGCUCCAGUCUCUUGCUUGAAGAUUAUCUAAGCCGUGUAUCUAACCGGUACCCCCACCGACCUAAAUGCACCAGAUAUAAAUGGUCAAGACACCAUUCUAAGAUGUCAGAUAGUGAGUGGACUUAAUCUCUCGAUCAUCCUGCGAUCAUCCGAGAGAGGCGGUGCUCGAUGCUCGUCGUCUCGAUCCAUCGAUCGAAGGAACAAACAUUAUUCCUCGGGAAUAAUCGGAUCGUAAUCAUGGAAAGGGAAACCCGUGGGGAAUAUUGGUGCACGGAAUAGAAAUAGGAUUAUAUAAUAAAUCGCGAUUCAGUGUUCUUCAAGGAUUUCCUCGAUCAUGAAGUCGCGUGGCUCGAAUUCGUUCCAUGGAAUUGGUUACGCUUGGUUACUGGUGACCAUCUUUUGUCUCUCGUCGACCACGUCUCACACUUUUAAUUAUUCGAGCAACAACUCGACGUACGUCGAGAAAUGCCGAGCCGAUUGCGCGUCCCACAAGGAUCUUAUAAGUUGCGGCAAGUUCAGGGUCGUUAGAUGGUUGAACGACAUCGCGAGGGAGAAGGAAUUCAAGUACGGCGCGAUCCGCAUCGUGAGGAUCCCGUUCCUGUCGCAGCAACCGGUUAUCCCGAAAUUGCCCGAGUCCCGUGCGUUCAAGAGCGGCAUAAUGGAGGCCUUGAACUUCGUCAGGGACACGGCCGAGGAUCUCAUUACGAAACGAGCUUUCGUUUACACGAUCGACAACACGGCCUCCGCGAGAAGUUUCGGGACCAUGCCUAUGAUCUUGGACGAGGAUCAACUCGCUCGGAUGGAGAGCAGAGGCAUAUCCGACGCUGCUUGGCGAGGGAUCAAGCAGAAGAAGGCUCUCAUCCUCCCGCUCUUGAUCCUCUUCAAACUGAUGAAGCUGAAGCUUUGGAUCGUGCCGAUCUUCCUCGCCGUCCACUUCAUCAAAAAGAUUCUGGUGAUCGCCUCGAUCCUCGUCCCGAUACUGUUCACGCGUCUCAAGAUAUGCAAAGUGUCGCAGCCCCAUCAUCAAGGCUACCCUCAUCACCUGUGGACCACAGCGGCCGAAGCGCCGAUCGAUUAUCCGUCAGGAGAGGAAAUCUGGCCGUCCCACAGAAACGACUACCAACAAGCUCCCCCCUAUCUAGCCUACCGCAACCCGUACGGAUGAGGCAGGGAGAGGAAAGCAAAAGAUCAAGAAGGAUCAUGCAACGCGCUCGUGCCAAAUCUCGCUUGGACAAACAAAUCCUUUCCUUCCUCUUCUUCCUCAACACUUUCUUAACGAUAAUAGGAUGCGUCGUAUUUAGCGGCGAUUAUCGAUCGCUUUCCACCCGGCGAGAAAUGACUUUCACACGUUGCCGAGUACCGUUACCGAUAUUUGUAACGAGGCGCACGUAAUCGAGGAUCAAAGUGGAUUUUUCUUUUCCUUUUUUUUUUUUCCACGAAUUCGUGUAUACGCGAGUCAGUCGAAUUUCUCGAAUUGAUUAGGUGUACCGUAAAUCCAAAGGAAUUCGCCACGGACCUCGCGUGACGCCCACUUCCGGGAUAUAAUGUAACGAGACUGUGUACGAGUCUUGGAAGAACGCACGCGGAAGGGGAGGACACGAUGGAUUUGGAAAGAAACAAUUUUCUUGAUGAAAUUGAAGGGAAAAAUUCGUUGAAAUUGUCCCAUUGUUAGAUUUAUCAUGAAACGAAUUAGUUGUAAUUAAUUCCCAAUAUAUAUAUAUAUUUUUGUAAAAUAAAAUUGGACAAGAUUAUCUCCAAAUACUUAUACUUCAUGUACAAUUCAAAAGUGAUACCUGAUUACUGUAACCAACGAUUACAAUCUCCACUGGAUUUCGAAUUGUUUUUUUCCAAUCCUCCCCAAAUUUCUUCCCCAAAUACUUAUAUUCAUGUACAAUUCAAAAGUGAUACGAUACCUGAAAAACUCCUAAUUUCUCGAAUAAAGAGAGCCAACCAACAAUCUCCAUUGGAUUUCGAAUCGUUUUUUCCAAUCCUCCCCAAAUUUCCUCCCCAAAUACUUAUAUUCAUGUACAAUUCAAAAGUGAUACGAUAUCUGAAAAACUUCUAAUUUCUCAAAUAAAGAGAACCAACGAUUACAAUCUCCAUUGGAUUUCGAAUCGUUCUUUUCCAAUCCUCCCCAAAUUUCCUCCCCAAAUACUUAUAUUCAUGUACAAUUCAAAAGUAUACGAUACUUGAAAAACUCCUAAUUUCUCGAAUAAAGAGAGCCAACUAACGAUUGCAAUUUCCACUGGAUUUCGAAUCGUUUUUUCCAAUCCUCCCCAAAUUUCCUCCCCAAAUACUUAUAUUCAUGUACAAUUAAAAAAUGAUAUCCGAAAAAUUCCUAAUUUCUCGAAUAAAGAGAGCCAACCAACAAUCUCCACUGGAUUUCGAAUCGUUUUUUUUUUCCAAUCCUCCCCAAAUUUUCCAAACGCAUACGCGAGCCUUUUCAGCGAGGCGCGAACGAUGGCGGUCAAGGUC